UCCUCCUCCUCCUCCUCCUUGAAGCUCUAGCCAUGGCGGCCGUAUCGUUUAGGGUCUUGUUCCUCGCUCUUCUCCUCAUCGCUUCUCCUUUCCUCCAAGUCGCGAGGUGUGAGUCUGACUCUGAAGCGGAUUCUGUGUCUGAGGUUGUGGAGGAAAACAGUGAUCUUGGGAUUGUGGGCGAUGAUGCUCAGGAUUUUGGGGAUGCAACGUAUAGUCCAGCACCAGGAAUUGAGACAAUCUGUGUUUUCCCCAAGAAUAGCGCAAAAACGGUUGCGGCUGGGGAACAGACUGAGCUACUUGUUGGACUAAGAAAUGAUGGGGAGUCAAGCCUGAAUGUGAUUGCAGUCAAAGCCAGUGUUCAUCUUCCUUUUGAUCACAACCUGCUGGUUCAGAAUCUUACCGCAUUGGCUUUUAACAAUGCAUCAGUUCCAGCUUCUGCUCAGGUUACCUUUCCAUACCUUUUUGCCGUCAGCAAGUACUUGCAGCCUGGAACCUUUGAUCUAGUGGGUACCAUUAUUUAUGAGAUAGACAAUCAUCCAUACCAAAGUACAUACUACAAUGGUACCAUUGAGGUUGUUGAGGCUGGUAGUCUUCUCAGCAUUGAGUCUGUUUUCCUUAUAACUCUUGGAUUUGCUCUUCUUGUCCUUUUGGGGUUAUGGAUUCACGGUCAAAUACAGAACCUUUCAAAGAAAACCAAGCGGGCUCCCAAGGUGGAAGUUGGAACCAGGUCUACAGAUGCCAACAUGGAUGAAUGGCUUCAGGGAACAGCAUAUACUCAGUCCCAAAACAAGUCCAAGAAGAAGAAGUAGAUCACAGAAUUGUGCGCAGUUCAGUUGCACAUUACAUUACAUGGAUGUGCACUCUUGUAACUCACGCUAGGCAUGUGGAGAUAUUAAAGAGGGGCCAAAAACUUGAGCUAGUUAUCGAAAUUAGACCAGAUAAAAACUUACAUUUUGUUGUAGUUUUGAAGGAAACUUUACAUCACUUUUAGAUAUGAAGUUGAGAAAACUAACGCAGAUUUUCUGUUAGGAACAAUACAAUUUCCUCGAACUUGUACAAUUUUUGUUCAGUUAUCGACUUGUUGCAUGAA